AUGCAGUCGGUUGCUCCCGAAGUUUUGCUCAUCCAUUACAAUGAGGAUGAAAUAGUGUACUGGGGAAAUUUACCGCUGCCUGAUGUUGCCUCGGUGAGUGAUGACGAGUGGUCGUCUCUCCUUCAGGCCCUACUUUCACCAGCACUUGGGCUCAAAGAAACUUGCGUCAAACUCAGAUGGGCUCUAGAUAUGAUUGAGCGCCUAGAUGGAUUGAAAGAAUCGGAACUUAGAACAUACUUGGUCGUUAGCAUCGAACAACGUGUUACAAAAGGUGCUAGGCACCGAAAAGAGCCUUCAGGAUAUUAG